AUGGAACUUAGCUCUCCUCCCCAGCAAGACAAAAAGAUGUGCACAAGAGUGUUUUGGGCGGUGUUUCCUCAUGCCUGCUUCAUCUCUUCUCUAGUGAUCUAUGCUUUUCUGGGGGCGGUCAUGUUUUCUCACAUUGAGGGUAACAGAAAUUGGAAUGAAAGUGAAGAAUAUAAGGAUUUUUUGCUGGAUCUGUGGAACCUCUCAAAGGAUUUAACAGAAAAUAUGAAAGAAAACCAGGAGACAUUUAAGAAAAGAGCCCAUGUGCUGUUCACCAAAGCUAAGUUGGAAUGGUUUGCUGAUCCAAAAGAACAAUGGUCUUUCCUUGGGUCUCUCUUUUUCUGCUGUACUGUGUUCACAACAGUGGGUUAUGGCCAUAGCUACCCCGUAACAAAGUUUGGAAAAUAUCUGUGUAUGCUAUAUGCAUUAUUUGGCAUACCUCUGAUGUUUUUGGUUCUGACAGACCUGGGAGACAUCCUUGCAGCUAUCUUAUCCAAGUCUUACAAUGAAUUUAGAAAACUUCAGUCAAAAAUGUUAGCCUCUAAACCAGCUAAACUGUGUUCUGGAUGCAUCUGUAUGAAAAACAAGGAUAUAAAAACUGGAUCAUCAUUGCUUAUGCAACACAAAAUAGUCAUCCAGGAACCUUUAGGUAUCACGGAAGUGCUGAAAAGCCAAUCUUCUGUUAAAACGAAGUCACAGCAAUACCGGAAUGCUGAAAUAUUUGAAAUGCUAAUUGCAAGAGAAAAUCAAUACCUUAUGCCACCAAGGAUUAACAAAUUUGAAAGAUGGAAUUCAUGUCCCGAACUAGAUUCAGGGAAGAUGACCUGUGUCAUCGAAAACUUUGGCAAAGAACUCGAAAAGCUAGAUGUGCCCAUCUUGCUAAUGGCACUAAUUGUCUUUGCAUACAUCUCCUGUGCAGCAGCUAUUCUUCCAAAUUGGGAAAACCACAUGGAUUUUGAGGAGGCUUUCUAUUUUUGUUUUAUUACCUUGACAACAAUUGGGUUUGGUGAUAUUCACUUGCAACAUCCCAACUUUUUCUUGUUUUUUUCCCUCUAUAUUGUCAUUGGUAUGGAAAUAGUCGUCAUUGCUUUUAAGCUGGGACAAGACCGAUUGAUUGGCUUGUACAAAAAGGUGAUUUCAUAUGUUAGUAAGAAGACAUCAACACAGUAUGAGAAGUAUCCAUGUAAAAAAUAGCCAUCAUUUCUCCCAGUCACAUUCACUGGCGAUUGCAAUCAGAUGAAAUUGUUUGUGUGUUUUCUAUUACCUGCUUUAUGGAAGGCUUAAAGGGGGCCAUAUUUCCCCCACAUUUACAUGAGCUUCACGCGUCCUGAAAUCAGUAGGAACUUGCUGUAAACUGGCGGAAGGCCUCAGGAGAAAAUAGACAGGUGCAGUCAGCAAG